AUGGGGUCUUCGGUUCUCCAGAACGCCGGAUUCGUUUUAGGCAUUAUCGGCGCAGCCGCCCUCAUCGCGGCCACCACCAUGAACAACUGGAGUAUCAAGGACAGGCAGCAGGAUGUGGUGACAUCCAUUUACACUUACAAGGGCCUCUGGCGGGACUGUGAGACCGAAUCCUCCGGAUUCACAGAGUGCCGACCGUUUUACGGCCUCCUGGGCUUCGCAGGCAGCUUCCAGGCGGUGCGGGCCCUCAUGGUAGUAGGUGUGGUGGUGGGUGUGCUUGGGGCGUUGAUAUCAGCUUUCUCCCUGCAAUGCCUCAAGAUGAACACCAUGGAAGACACCACCAAAGCCAAGAUGAGCCUCACCGCUGGCAUCAUGUUCAUUGUGGCGGGUAUUUGUGGGAUUGCAGGAGCUUCUAUCUAUGCCAAUCAGAUCGUGGCCAGUUUCAGGAUGUCCUCCUAUCUGAACUCCGGCGGGGGUGGGAUGGGAGGGAUGGGAGGGGGCAUGGGAGGGAUGGAAGGAGGGAUAGGAGGAAUGGGAGGGAUGCCCAGAUUCACAUUUGGCCCAGCACUGUUUGUAGCUUGGAUAGGAGGGGGUGUCCUGCUGGUGGGAGGCAUUCUGAAAUCUCUGGCUUUCAGAGGAAUGGUAGAAAAUGACAAAUCACGUUACCCAGGAGUUGCUUACAAAGCACAAUCCCACAGCAAACCUGACAACGAUGACCACCAUUCAGAGGGAGGAAGGAGAGACCAGAAAUAUGUAUAACUCCCGUCACACCACCACGUCUCAACAAGUUUUGCUUUCUUAGAAAAUGCUGCCGUUGUCUUUUCGUGUACAUUAAGUUUGGCAGGUUGAGGUCGUAUGCUGUA